GAGCUCCUGCUGAAAGCAGGCACAGAGGAGGCUGGGCUCCUACAACCACCCGACUUUCUGCUCCCAUCCCUGGACGGAACCCGUCGGCUGCGGACCGGGAGCCUCCGCUGCGCCACCAUGUCCGACGUGCUGCUCGCUGCCUUUCUCACCGCAUGGGGAUUAUUUGCUGCGACCAAAGGGCUGAGCACCGUGGCCACGCGCACAGGUGCAGAGGAGAUGCUGGUCACCUGUCCCCUCAACCACAUGCAGUGCGUCGGCACAAAGAAAUGCAUCCACUUCAACAAGCUGUGCAACGGUGCGAGGGACUGCCCCGACGGCUUCGACGAGGGCAUGCACUGCCGAGAGCUCCUGCCGCACUGCCACGAGCUGCGCUGCCGCUACGGCUGCGUCAUGGCCAGGAACGGGACGUUCUGCUUCUGCGCAGAUGGCUUCCAGGUGGAGGCAGAUGGGCGGGGCUGCAAAGAUUAUGAUGAAUGCACUGUGUAUGGGAUAUGCAGCCAGACGUGCAUGAACACCUACGGUUCGUAUCGCUGCAGCUGCACAGACGGCUACAUCCUGCAGUCCGACAGGAGGUCCUGCAAAGCAAAAAAUGAGUCUGGCCAGGCACCAGCAGUCCUCCUGAUCGGCGGCUCUGAGCAGAUCUCUGUCACACAUCUCAACGGGUCUUUGGUUCUCACCUUGAAGUCGCCGGAUGCCAGUAAGAUACGGGCAGUGGACUUCAGUUACAGCGAAGAGUCCAUCUGCUGGGUCACGGCCACUGAGUCCGCUGCCCGCUUGUGGUGCAGCAAGGUCCCCGGGCUUGGACGCGUCUCGGAGGAGCGAGAAAUAAAAAUGGCAGAAAACCUGCAAAAUGUGGAGCAGAUGGCCAUAGACUGGCUCACGGGAAAUUUCUACUUUGUGGAUCCAGUCGGCGGCAGGAUAUUUGUAUGCAGUCGGAGUGCAGACACCUGCGUGGUAGUUAUCAAUGUGGAUCUGGAGAACCCUUCAGGGAUCGCGCUGGACCCGCUCAUGGGAAAGCUCUUCUUCACCGACUAUGGUACUAGGGCCAAGGUGGAGCAGAGCAACAUGGAUGGCACCAACAGGACAAGGAUUGCGGAGAACAGAGUGGCACGACCAACCGCGAUCGCCCUGGACCUGGUCAAGAAGCUGGUGUACUGGCUGGACAUUUCCCUGGGACACAUUGAAGUGGCAGACUACGACGGGAGGAACCGAUACACCAUAGUGCGAGGGAGUGUUGUGUCAUACCUUUAUGGAUUAGUGGUCUUUGAAGAGCUCUUGUUUGCGACACGCUUAGAGCCUUCAGAAGGAACCAAAGUGGACAUUUUACAAAUAAACCGGUUCAACAGCACAGAGCCACAGAUGUUAUUGAGCUUGGGGGAUGCAGGGGUAAUACGAGUCCACCACAAACUGGCUCAGCCAACAGCCAGGAGCCAUGCCUGCGAGAUUAACCCCUACAGGAAAGCUGGGGGCUGCGCCCACAUCUGCUUGCUGAGCGGCAGCUACAAGUCACGGACCUGCCGCUGCCGGGCCGGCUUUGCCCUGGGGACCGACGGCCGGUCCUGCAAAAGGCCCAAGAAUGAGCUGUUCCUCUUCUACGGGAAAGGGCGGCCGGGGGUCAUCCGAGGCCUGGACCUGAACGUGAAGUCUGAGGAGGAACAUAUGGUCUCCAUCGAAGAUCUGGUCAGUCCCCGGGCGCUGGACUUUCAUGCUGAGACCGGCUACAUCUACUUUGCCGACACCACAAGCUUCCUGAUUGGCCGUCAGCAGAUCGAUGGAAGCGGACGGGAAACGAUACUAAUGGACGACCUCGAUAACGUGGAGGGCAUCUCUGUGGAUUGGAUUGGGAACAACUUGUACUGGACCAACGACGGCUACAGGAAAACGAUCAGUGUCGCACGGCUGGAGAAGGCAGCACAGACCAGGAAGACCCUUCUGGAGGGGGACAUGUCCCAUCCCAGGGCUAUUGUGGUCGAUCCUCUUAACAGCUGGAUGUACUGGACAGACUGGGAGGAGGACGAGGUCAACGACAGCAUCGGCAGGAUCGAGAGGGCUUGGAUGGACGGAUCCAACCGACAGACAUUCGUCACGUCCAACAUGCUGUGGCCCAACGGCCUCGCUCUGGACCACAGGACCAGCACCAUGUUCUGGUGUGACGCCUACUAUGACCACAUCGAGAAGAUCUAUCUCAACGGCACGGGCAGAACGGUGGUGUAUAACGGCAAGGAACUGAACCACCCUUACGGGAUCUCGCUUCAUCGCAACUACGUCUUCUGGACCGAUUACAUGAACGCCUCCAUCUUCCAGCUGGACCUGUCAUCAGGGGACGUGACGCUGCUGAGGAGCGAGAAGCCCCCUCUAUUCGGCCUCCAGGUGUACGACGCUCAGAGGCAGCAAGGAGACAACGCGUGCCGUGUGAACUACGGAGGCUGCGGCACCCUCUGUCUGGCCACACCCAGGGGACGCGUGUGUGCGUGUGCUGAUGGCCAGCAGCUUGAGAAGAACAACGUGACCUGCACAGGGGAACCUCACCGCUGCCACCCUGAUGAGUUCCAGUGCCGCAACCAGCGGUGCGUUCAGGCGGCUUGGAGGUGUGACGGGGACGAUGACUGCCUGGACGGUAGCGACGAGGAUGCAGUCAUGUGCCAGAACCGCAGCUGCCCCACGGACCAUUUCAAGUGCCUGAACAACCGGUGCAUCCCUAAGCGGUGGCUGUGCGACGGGACCAACGACUGUGGCGGCAACGAGGACGAGUCCAACCUCACCUGUGCAGCCCAGACGUGUCAACCCAGGCAGUUUGCCUGCCACAACGGCCGCUGCAUCCCGGAUACGUGGCGCUGUGACCGUGACGACGACUGCGGGGACAGCUCGGACGAGACGCCGUCAUGCACUUUCCCCACCUGCGAACCCCUCAGCCAGUUCAGCUGUUCCAACGGAAGGUGCAUCAGCAUCAAAUGGCACUGCGAUUCAGAUGACGACUGCGGCGACGGCAGCGACGAGGCCGGCUGCGUGAGCUCCUGCUCCUCGGCACAGUUCCAGUGCGCCAGCGGACGCUGCAUCCCCGAGCACUGGGUCUGCGACGGCGACAACGACUGCGGUGACUCCAGCGACGAGAACGCCACCUGCUCCGGGGCAGGCCUGCUGCCCGCCGCCGACUGCAGCGCCGACGAGUUCCUGUGCCACGCCGACGGCACCUGCAUCCCCGAGCGCUGGCUGUGCGACGGCGACAAGGACUGCGAGGACGGCGGCGACGAGGGCAACUGCGAGGGCACGCGCAGGGUUUGCGACCCCGCGGCUAAGUUCACGUGCAGAGUCACCGGGAAGUGCAUCAGCAAGACCUGGGUGUGCGACGGAGACCACGACUGCGAGGACCUGUCGGACGAGGAGGGCUGCGAGGUGUCCGCCUGCAAGCCUCCCAGGUACCCGUGCGCCAACGACACCUCCGUCUGCCUGCCCCCGGAGCGCAUCUGCAACGGCCGGAGGGACUGCCCCGACCAGUCCGACGAGGGGCGUUUCUGCGACGAGUGCUUCUCGGGAAACGGUGGCUGCAGCCAUCAAUGCACCGUGGCCCCCGGCAAGGGUGCGAUCUGCACCUGCCCGCAAGGUCUCCACCUGGGUGCGGACAGGAAGACUUGCGAAGUGGUGGACUACUGCACCCGACACCUUCGCUGCAGCCAGGUGUGCGAGCAGUACAAGACCACGGUGAAGUGCUCCUGCUACCCCGGCUGGAGGCUCGGCCCAGAUGGGGAGGACUGCCUGAGCUCAGACCCCUUUGAGGCGUUCGUUAUCUUCUCAAUUCGUCACGAGAUCCGGCGGAUAGACCUCCACAAGCGAGACUACAGCCUACUGGUUCCUGGCCUCAGGAACACCAUCGCCCUGGACUUCCACUUCAACCAGAGCCUCCUCUACUGGACUGAUGUAGUUGAGGACAAAAUCUACAGAGGACGAUUGUCGGACAGCGGAGGGGUCACAGGAAUCGAAGUGGUUGUUCAGCACGGCCUGGCCACCCCGGAAGGCCUGGCUGUGGACUGGAUCGCCGGAAACUUCUACUGGAUCGACAGCAACCUGGACCAGAUUGAGGUGGCCAGGCUGAACGGGACUAUGCGCACCACGCUGAUUGCUGGAGGGAUGGAGCACCCGCGGGCCCUGGCAUUGGACCCGGGUCAGGGGAUCCUGUUCUGGACAGACUGGGAUGCCACCUUUCCUCGGAUCGAAGCGGCAUCGAUGAGCGGCGGGGGGCGCCAUGUCGUUUUUAAGGACAUGGAGAUCGGCGCCUGGCCAAAUGGACUCACCUUGGACCACCUGGAGAAGAGGAUUGUGUGGACUGAUGCUCGGUCCGACGCCAUAUACUCAGCCCUCUACGAUGGCAGCUGGGUCAUCGAGAUCCUGAGGGGUCAUGAGUACCUGUCACACCCCUUUGCCGUCUCCCUAUUCGGGGGCAGUGUCUACUGGACUGACUGGAGGACCAACACAUUGGCCAAGGCCAACAAGUGGACAGGUCAAAACGUGACCGUGAUCCAGAAGACCAGUGCCCAGCCCUUUGACCUGGAGAUCUACCACCCAAGCCGACAGCCACAUGCUUCCAACCCGUGCGAGGCCAACGAUGGCCGGGGACCCUGUUCACACCUGUGCCUCAUCGGAUACAAUCGCACGGCUGCCUGCGCCUGCCCCCACCUCAUGAAGCUCUCCCCUGACAACACAUCUUGUAUUGCAUUGAAGAGGUUUCUGCUAUAUGCCAGGCGCUCAGAAAUCCGCGGUGUGGACAUCGACAACCCAUAUAUGAAUAUCAUAACGGCCCUGACGGUCCCUGACAUUGACAACGUCACCGUAGUGGAUUACGAUGCUCUGGAGGAGAGGAUUUAUUGGGCUGACGUGAAAACACAGACCAUAAAGCGAGCCUUCAUAAACGGGUCCGGUUUGGAGACAGUCAUAUCUGGAGAUAUCCUAAAUGUCCGUGGGCUGGCUUUGGAUUGGCUCUCGAGGAACAUGUACUGGAUAAGCUCAGAGAACGAUGAGACGCAGAUUAAUGUCGCCCGCAUGGACGGAUCUCUCAAAACCUCAGUUGUCCACGGCAUCGAUAAGCCUAAGUGCCUGGUCGUGCAUCCGUCCAAAGGAAAAAUUUACUGGACUGAUGGCAACAUGAUCAACAUGGCCAACAUGGAUGGAAGUAACAGUAAGAUCCUGCACCAGAACCAGCGGGAGCCAGUGGGUCUCUCGGUCGACUACUCCGCCAGCAAGGUCUACUGGAUCAGCUCCGGCAACGGCACCAUCAACCGGUGCAAUCUGGACGGCAGCGCUUUGGAGGUGAUGGAGUCCAUGAAGAAGGAGCUGUCGCGAGCCACUGCCCUGGCCAUUAUGGGUGGUAAGCUGUGGUGGGCGGACGACAGCUCUGGGCAGCUGGGCACCGUCACCAAGCGGGACGGCCGGAACCCGGCGGUGCUGCGGACCAAGACCACCGGGGUGGUGCACAUGAAGGUGUAUGACAAGGACGGCCAGAAAGGGAGGAACCCGUGCCAGGUGAACAACGGCGGCUGCUCACAGCUCUGCUUUCCCACAUCGGAGGCAACGCGCAGCUGCUCCUGCACCGUGGGAUACCACCUGCGCAACGACCGCAUGUCCUGCGAAGGAAUUGGAUCUUUCCUAAUGUAUUCAGUGCACGAGGGAAUACGAGGGAUCUCCUUGGACCCCAGUGACAACACGGAAACAUUGAUGCCCAUCACAGGGACAAUGUUCCCUGUGGGCGUCGACUUCCAUGCAGGUAACGACACAGUCUACUGGACAGACAUGGGUUUGAACCGGAUCUCCAGGGCGAAGCGUGACCAGACGUGGAGGGAGGACAUAGUGGCCAGCGGCGUCGGCAGAGUGGAGGGGAUCGCGGUGGACUGGAUUGCCGGGAACAUUUACUGGACGGACCACGGGUUCAACCUGAUUGAGAUGGCACGGCUCAGCGGUGCAUACCGCUCCGUGAUCAUCUCCGAGGGCCUCGACCAGCCGAGGGCCAUCGCGGUGCAUCCGGUCAGAGGGUACAUGUUCUGGACAGAAUGGGGUCAAACGCCAUGCAUUGGCCGCGCUCGCUUGGAUGGCUCCGAUCAGGUUGUUCUGGUCAGCUCCGGCAUCGCCUGGCCCAACGGGAUCUCUGUCGACUACGAGGAAAAUAAAUUAUACUGGUGCGAUGCCCGCACCGACAAGAUAGAAAGGAUCAACCUUGAGAACGGGCAAAGCCGAGAGAUUGUACUGUCAGCGAGCGGCGUGGACAUGUUUUCAGUGGCGGUCUUUGGGGCUUACAUCUACUGGUCUGACAGGGCGCACGCCAAUGGCUCCAUCCGACGGGGUUUCAAGAGCGACGCGACAGAGGCGCUGACUAUGAGGAGCGGUCUUGGAGUUGGACUCAAAGACGUCAAAGUGUUCAGCCGGGUCCGGGAGAAAGGCACAAAUCCCUGCACCAGGAACAAUGGAGGCUGCCAACAGCUGUGCUUCCACCUGGGCAGUGGGCGGAAGACCUGCUCUUGUGCUCAUGGCUACUUAGCUGAGGACGGCCUUGCCUGCGAGAGGUACGACGGCUACCUCCUGUAUUCAGAGAGGACCAUCUUAAAGAGUAUCCACCUCUCGGAUGAGAGCAACCUCAACCAGCCCAUCAGGGCCUACGAGAACCCGGCCUACUUUAAGAAUGUCAUCGCUCUGGCCUUCGACUACCGGCAGAAGAGCACAGGGACCAACCGCAUAUUUUUCAGUGAUGUCCACUUUGGGAACAUCCAAGUCAUCAAUGACAACUGGACAGAUCGCAGCAUCAUCGUGGAAAAUGUGGGCUCGGUCGAGGGUCUGGCCUACCACCGGGCCUGGGAUGCGUUGUACUGGACCAGCUCCACAACGUCCACCAUCUGCCGGCACACUAUCGACCAGAGGCGCCCAGGAGCCUUCAGUAGAGAGGCUGUGGUCAGCAUGUCGGAGGAGGACCACCCGCACGUCCUGGCCCUCGACGAGUGUCAGAACUUGAUGUUCUGGACCAACUGGAAUGAGCAGCAUCCCAGUGUCAUGAGGUCGACUCUGACAGGGAGCAACAUGCAGGUCAUUGUCAGCGCCGACAUCGUCACCCCGAACGGACUCACCAUAGACCACAAAGCGGAAAAGCUCUAUUUCUCUGACGGAAGUCUGGGAAAGAUCGAGCGGUGCGAAUACGACGGAUCCCAGCGACAGGUCAUUGUCAAGUCAGGGCCGGGAACCUUUUUCGGCCUGGCUAUUUAUGGCGACUUCAUCUUUUGGUCAGAUUGGGUGCGGAGGGCUGUUCUGCGCGCCAAUAAGUACACAGGCAGCGACACCAAAGUGCUGCGAGCCGACAUUCCGCACCAGCCAAUGGGAAUAGUCGCUGUGGCCAACGACACUAACGGCUGUGAACUGUCCCCCUGCAGAGGGACAAACGGGGGCUGCGAUGACCUUUGUCUUUUGACCCCCAAUGGCACGGUGAACUGCAGCUGCAGGGGAGAGCGCGUCCUACUGGACAAUAACCGUUGCGUAUCCCAGAACUCCUCCUGCAACAUCCACAGCGAGUUUGAGUGUGGCAACGGCGAGUGCAUUGACUAUCAGUUCACCUGUGAUGGAAUCGCUCACUGCAAAGACAAGUCAGAUGAGAAAAUGCAAUAUUGUGACAACAGGAGCUGCAGGAAGGGCUUCAGGCAUUGCUACAACCAGCGCUGCGUGGCCAACAGCCGCUUCUGCGACAGCGUGGACGACUGCGGGGACAAUUCCGACGAGGUCUAUUGUAGCAACUCCACGUGCUCAUCCUCCGAGGCGCGCUGCCAGGAUGGUGCCUGCAUCCCCGACUCGGUCUGGUGCAACCAGGUGAUCGACUGCGCCGACGCUUCGGACGAAAAGAGCUGCAACGUGACCGACUGCUCCGAUUACUACCAGCUGGGGGUGAAGGAGAAAGGAUUCUUCAGCUGCAACUCCACAUCCCUCUGCGUCCACCCGUCCUGGAUUUGUGACGGAGCCAACGACUGCGGCGAUUAUGCGGACGAGAUGAACUGCCACGUUUCCCUUGGACACCAGUGCGAAGACGGCCACUUUGCCUGCCCAAGCGGGAACUGCAUCUCCAGCGUGUGGCUGUGCGACGGUCAGAAGGACUGCGAGGACGGAGCCGAUGAGUUCCAAUGUGACUCGUCUUGCCUCUGGAACCAGUUUGCCUGCUCCAAAAACAAGUGCAUCGCCAAGCAGUGGCUGUGCGACGGGGAGGACGACUGCGGCGACGGGCUGGACGAGAGCGAGGAGAUCUGUGGCUCUGUGACCUGUGCCCCCGGCUUGUUCAACUGUCCCGGGUCCCACGCCUGCGUGCCCCAGCGCUGGCUCUGCGAUGGGGAGAGGGACUGUCCCGAUGGGAGUGACGAGCUGGCGGCCGCUGGAUGCGCGCCCAACAACACGUGUGAUGAGAGCACCUUCCAGUGCCGCAACAAGGCUUGCAUCUCCAAGCGCUUUGUGUGCGACCAUGACGAUGACUGCGGCGACGGGUCCGACGAGUCGCCCCAAUGCGUGUACCGACCCUGCAGAGAUGGGGAGUUCACCUGCGCAGACGGACGCUGCCUCCCCAGUGCGCAGUGGGAGUGCGACGGCGCCCCCGACUGCCCGGACCGCUCCGACGAGCCGCCCCUCAACCCCAAGUGCUCGGCUGCAGAGCGCCUGUGCAACGGCUCCUUCUUCAUGUGCGCCAACGGCAGGUGCAUCUCGCUGGGAAACCUGUGCAACCGCCGGGACGACUGCGGCGACCAUUCGGAUGAGCGCAGCUGCAACGUGAACGAGUGCCUGAACCGGAGGGUCAGCGGCUGCACGCAGGACUGCCAGGACCUGCCCGUCGGCUACAAGUGCAAGUGCUGGCCAGGCUUCCGCCUGAAGGAUGAUGGGAAAACGUGCGUCGACGUGGACGAGUGCUCGUCCAACCUGCCCUGCAGCCAGCUGUGCAGCAACACCUAUGGCUCGUACCGGUGUCUCUGCACGGACGGCUACGAAGCCCCGCCCCACAACCCGGACAGCUGCCGUGCUCUCUCGGCCGAAGAGCCGUUCCUCAUCCUCGCCGACCAUCACGAGAUCAGGAAGAUAAGCGUCGACGGCUCCAAUUACACUCUCCUAAAACAGGGCCUCUACAACAUCAUCGCUAUAGAUUUCGACUACAGGAAGGAGUUCAUAUACUGGAUCGACUCCAGCAGACCCAGCGGACGCCGGAUAAACAGAAUGCGGCUGAACGGGAGUGACCUAAAGAUCGUCCACCGGACGGCCGUCCCCAGCGCCCUGGCGGUGGACUGGAUCGGGAAGAACCUGUACUGGUCGGACACUGAGAGGCGGACCCUGGAGGUGUCCAAGGUCAACGGGCUGUACCCUGCUGUCCUCGUGAGCUCUGGCCUGUGGAGUCCCACGAGCCUUGCCCUGGACCCCCAGACUGGGUACGUGUUCUGGGCGGACUGCUGCGAGUCCCCACACAUCGGGCGCAUCGGCAUGGAUGGCAGCCACCGGGCCGCGGUCGUGGACUCCAACGUCUACCGGCCCACAGCUCUGACCAUCGACUACGCCAACAAGAGGCUGUACUGGGCCGACGGCAACCGCAUCUCGUUUGCGAACAUGGACGGCUCCCAGAGGCGCAAGGUGCCUAACCAGGAUGUUCACGGGGUGACUGGUCUCACACUCUUUGAGGACUACAUGUACUGGACAGAUGGGAAAUCCAAGUCCCUCAACCGUGCUCACAAGACCUCGGGGGCGGAGACGGUGGAGCUCCUCAGUUCUUGGCAGGCCAUAACCGACAUCCGGGUGCACCAUCCGUUCCGCCAACCCGACGUGCCCAAGCACCAGUGCCAGGUGGCCAACGGGGGCUGCAGUCACCUGUGCCUUCUGUCACCUGGAGGCGGCCACAGGUGCGCCUGCCCCACCAACUUCUACCUGGCCUCGGACAACAGGACCUGCCUGUCCAACUGCACCAGCAGCCAGUUCCGCUGCGGGACCGAUGAAUGCAUCCCCUUCUGGUGGAAGUGCGACACCGUGGACGACUGCGGCGAUGGGUCCGACGAGCCGGCCGACUGCCCCGAGUUUAAGUGCCAGCCAGGCCGCUUUCAGUGCGGGACGGGCCUCUGCGCUCUGCCGCCCUUCAUCUGCGAUGGCGAGAACGACUGCGGGGACAAUUCGGACGAGGCCAACUGCGACACGUACAUCUGUCUGUCAGGGCAGUUCAAGUGCACCCGGAGGCAGAAGUGCAUCCCGAUAAACCUGCGUUGCAACGGGCAGGACGACUGCGGGGACGGCGAGGACGAGACAGAUUGCCCCGAGAGCACCUGUUCUCCGGACCAGUUCCAGUGCAAGACCACAAUGCACUGCAUCUCUAAGCUGUGGGUGUGCGAUGAGGACCCGGACUGUGCGGACGGCUCCGACGAGGCCAACUGUGAUGAGAAAACGUGUGGACCCCACGAGUUCCGCUGCACCAACAACAACUGCAUCCCGGACCACUGGAGGUGCGACAGCCAGAGCGACUGCGGCGACGGCUCCGAUGAAGAGAACUGCAAACCGGUGACCUGCAGCUCCAAAGACUUUGUGUGCGCCAACGGCGAGUGCAUCUCGGCACGAUUCCGCUGCGACGGCGACUACGACUGCGUCGACAGCUCCGACGAGAAGGAGUGUGAGACGCGCUGCUCCGACGACCAGUUCCAGUGCUCAAACAGCCUGUGCAUCUCCCGCAAGUGGCUCUGCGACGGUCAGGAGGACUGCAAGACGGGAGAGGACGAGCACGAGUGCCAGGGCACCGUGGCUCCGCCCUCCUGCUCUCUGAACGAGUACGACUGCGUGACCGGCGGCUGCGUGUCGGCCAGCCUCAGGUGCGACGGACACGAGGACUGCGCAGACGGCUCAGACGAGGUGUCCUGUGUCCGCGAGUGCCGCGAGGACCAGUUCCUGUGUCAGAACCGGGCCUACUGCAUCCCCCGUCGGUGGCGCUGCGAUGGCGUGCCCGACUGCCUGGACCACAGCGACGAGGAAAACUGCGCGCGUGGUGCAUCCACCUGUCGGCCCGACGAGUUCGUGUGUAACAACACCCUGUGCAAGCUGAGCCUGUGGGUGUGCGAUGGCGAGGACGACUGCGGGGACAACUCAGACGAGCAGCCCGACAUGUGCGCCAGGUUCCCCUGCCCGCCCGCUCGACCGCACCGCUGCCGGAACGACCGGGUUUGUCUUCGUACGGAGCAGGUGUGCAACGGCGUGGACGACUGUGGGGACAACUCGGACGAGGAGGAGUGCGGCAGUGUGGUAGCCAGGCCACGCCCCUGCGGGAAGGCGGAGUUCUCCUGCACCGGCGGCCGCUGCGUUUCCGCGGAGCUGCAGUGCGACCUGUUUGACGACUGCGGAGACGGCGCCUCCGACGAGCUUGGCUGCAAGGCCCUGCUCAGUGAAGAUGCGUGCCGGAGCCGCCUGAACCCGUGCGGCGAGGACGCGCUCUGCAAUCGCACGGAAGCGGGUCCAAUUUGUCAGUGUAAACCGGGCUUCCGCAGGAACCAGAGGAGCCGGCAGUGUGAAGAAGUCAAUGAGUGCCUUCAUUUUGGGAUGUGUUCGCACUAUUGCACAAAUACUAAAGGAUCCUUCAAGUGCACAUGUGACAGUAAUUAUAAAGACGUCAAUGGAGAAUGUAGAGCAAAAGGACCAGAAGAUGACGUGCUCUACAUAGCUAAUGACACUGAAAUCCGAGGUUUUGUGUAUCCAUUUAACCAGAGUCAUGGACACAAACAAGUAGCACGCACCGAGGACAAUGCCCGCAUCAUUGGGAUGGACGCUCUCUUUCACGGACACAAGUUUGUCUGGGCUACCCAGUUUAAUCCGGGUGGAAUUUUUUACAAAGACAUCCUAGACAGAAGUCAAUCUAAAACAAAUAGCGGAAUCAUAUGUCCAGACUUCCGACGGCCGAGGGACGUGUCGGCCGACUGGGUGACCGGAAACGUGUACUGGACGGACCACUCGCGGAUGCACUGGUUCAGCUACUACACAGCCCAUUGGACAAGGCUCCGAUACUCCAUUAAUGUGGGACAGCUCGGAGGGCCCAACUGCACCCGGCUGAUAACGGACAUCGCUGGGGAGCCCUAUGCCAUAGCCGUGAAUCCGGUGCGAGGGAUGAUGUACUGGACGGUGAUUGGUGACCACUCCCACAUCGAGGAGGCCGCCAUGGAUGGCUCCAAGCGUAGGGUCCUGUUGGAGAGGAACCUCAGGAGACCAACAGGCCUGGCCAUCGAUUAUUUCAACCAACGCCUGUACUGGGCCGAUAUGGAGUUGUCGGCGAUCGGGAGCGUGCGCUUCGACGGCUCCGACUCGCGGCUGGCCAUCAGCAGCCGGCACGGCAUAGCCCAGCCAUACCGAAUUGACAUUUUUGAAGACUACAUCUAUGGGACCGGAUUAAAAAACGAUGUUUUCAGAGUUCACAAGUAUGGUAAACAGCCUGUGGAGCGCCUUGAUUUAGGAGUGGAGAAGGCCUCGAGCAUCCUGGUCGUCCAUCGAUUGAAGCAGCAGGACGUUCCGAACCCGUGCCUGACAAUGAGCUGUGACUUCCUGUGCCUGCUGAACCCAAAUGGCGCUUCCUGUUCCUGCCCAGAGGGGAAGGUGCUAAUAAAUGGGAGCUGCACUGAAGUCAGUUCCGCAGGUGAGCAGUGCCGACCAGCCUGUGAGAACGGGGGACGCUGCCUCACCAACGAGAAGGGUGUGUCGCGCUGUUAUUGCUGGCCCAACUUCUCUGGGGAGCGAUGUGAGGUGAACCACUGCAAGGACUUCUGCCUCAACGGGGGAACGUGCUCUGGCUCUCCAUUGGGGAAGCCCACCUGUCGAUGUGUGGUGGGCUUCACGGGACCCUACUGCGAGAGGCGUGUCUGCGACGGCUACUGCCUCAACGGGGGCACCUGUGACGUGAGCCAAGGCAACCAGCCCGUGUGCCGCUGCAUGGCCGAGUACACCGGAGACCGCUGCAUGCACCACAUCUGUCACCACUACUGUGUGAACGCCAAGGCGUGCACACUGUCCAGCAGCGGCCAUGUCGAGUGUGUGUGCCCCACACGGUACGAAGGGAUCAAGUGCGAGGUGGACAAGUGUCUGCGGUGCCGCGGGGCGCCCUGCGUCGUCGACCACGAGUCCGGGGACGUGGCCUGCAACUGCACCAACGGGCGAAUUGCGUCCAGCUGCCAGCUGUGUGACGGGUACUGCUACAACGGCGGCACCUGUCACCUGGACUCGGACACCAACCUGCCCUUCUGCCAGUGCUCCGCCAACUGGUCCGGCACGCAGUGCGAAAGGCCGGCCCCCAAGAGCAGCCGCUCGGACAACGUCAGCGGACGCAGCAUCGCCAUCGUGGUUCCCCUCGUGUUGCUCUUGGUCCUGGUCAGCACCGUUGUGGUCGGUGUCCUCGUCUGCAGGCGAAGGCAAAGGGGCAAACGGGGGCAGCGACAGCCUGUGACCAACGGGGGGCUCAACGUGGAGAUCCGCAACCCUUCCUACAACAUGUAUGAGGUCGAUCACGACAACCACGGCGACCCCGGCACCCUUCUUCACCCCAACUUCACACUGGACCCUCAUAAGGGCUGGCGGGUGAGACCCCGGGACCCCCACCACCUGGCCGCUCACACCGUCCCCAAGGAGAUCAUCCCCGGACAGUCCAUAAACUACUCGAACCCGAUAUACGCAAAGAUCUACCUGGAUGGGCAGAGCUGUCGGAAGCCGGCGGUGAGCGUCGACGAGAGAAGAGAACUGCUCCCGAAGAAGCUGGAGGGAGCGAUUCGGGAAACGGCGGCGUAGCCGGCCUUUGCACCCCACGCGCCUUUUAUACCGUCUGUACAAAUGUAAAAACCAACCGAAGAAAAGGAACAAAAAACAUUUUCUAUGUCCUGAUCGCUCUUACUUUUCAUCAGCGUUACCCCUCUGUUCCGUUUGUGUGCCGAGAAUGAUGGACUUUGUACCUUUUAUAUGAAAAUGUACUGAUACUGCACUAUAUACACAUACUGUAUAUACAGUAUAUAUAUAUAUAUAAACAUUAAAUCAACGCUGCUCAUUUGCAAAUGAUGUUAUACACAAGACAACAAAACUAUCCAUAUUUCGAAAUGGUGUAAAAGGGUCAGUUUUUUUAAUUUUCA